GUGACAAACAGUUCAUCGGACACAAAGGCAACAAUCAACACAGUGUUUGACAGUUUUAUUGCUGCUGUGAAUGAAAGUGUAAAUAAGAGGCGCCAAAACCUCUUGGAUGAAGUGCAGGAGGUUGAAGAAGAGGCCCGUGGCCCCUUAGACCAGUGUGGGUGUGUGUUGGAGACUCGGGUAAGGGAAGCUGCAGAGAGAAUAGAGCAGGGAAAGCGACUUCAGAAACAUGGAGGUGUCAUGGCUAAGGACACAGUUAUUAGAUUUCAGGAGGAGGCAGCAGCUAUGACCAGUUUGCCUGAGGUUCCGGCUCUGUGUGCAGUACCUAGUGUUAGUGUUGAGUUCCCCGGUGAACCAUCAUUGAUUGAAGAAGUGCAGGACCUGAUUGAUCAGGCAGGUCGGGUCUCAAGGAUGGGUCCUGUGCAGAUCACCAACAUAGUGGAGCAGCCAGGUGCACUACUUGUAUCCUGGGAGGAGGUCAGUUGGUCUCAGGUUCAUACUAAGUCUAAGGACUGA